AUGUCAAGAAAGGCGAAGGGGACCCUUCCAGUCAGUCACAGAUUAUGUCUACCACCUCAGGAGAUUGUAGACUUAUUUAAACGAGUGUUUAUUAAUGAGCUAUAUCAUGGCGAUGAAGUUAUACUUCGAUCGACUAUCCAAGAGGUGAAAGCAGACCUCUUCAAUAGAGAGUACCUCUUGGCAUUCAACACAGAGCCCAAGAGAAUUGCAUACUGUUGCAGGUGGUCGCCCUCUCGAGCAGUCGCUUACGCCUCUCUGUUCUCGUAUCUUGAGCCGGUGAGGAAGAUUUUACAGUGCGAAGACUCGCUUCCCUUGGAAGAACAGCUAGCGUCGUUGAACAUUCAAGAGUCACAGAGAACAAUUUCAGAGCGCGAGGUACUUUGCAUAGGAGGUGGAGCAGGUGGAGAACUAAUAAGUGUUGCUAGCAUUUUCGUCCCAACAGUAGAUUUCGGGGCAAAGUACUCGAAAGUUCGUCCACUAAAGCUUAAACAAUUGAAUGUCCAAGUCAUUGACAUUGCAGACUGGUCAAGUGUGGUACAAAGACUAACGGAAGGAAUCAGCGCUAAUUGGCUUUUUGACCAUUCAGCUGACCUCAAUAUUACAUUCAAGAAGGGGGACGUACUCAAGCAAGACGCCGCAGAACUGAAACUGAGCAAGCUUAAUCUCAUAACUUUGUUAUUUACUACUAAUGAGCUGUUCACUGAGCACAAGGCCGAUAGCAUCCGGUUUUUCCAAAGUUUAAACGCACACUGCUCAAGUGGGUGCCAUUUACUGAUUGUUGAAAGCGCAGGAAGUUACUCCCACAUUACAGUGGGUACAAAAAAGUUUCCCAUUCAAUUUCUGAUAGACACUCUUUUGCUGGGUAAAAGAGGUGAGGAGAGUAGCGGCCGUUGGGAACUUGUAGACCAAAACGAUUCUCUCUGGUAUCGUGGGGAUGAAAAUGUAGACUACCCUCUAAAGCUUGAAAAUAUGAGAUUCUUUUACAGGCUAUAUAGAAAGAAAUAG